UAUACGAAUAGCUAGCUAGUUUUUUCUGUGUUUACCAUGGUCGACCUCUCAAACUCUGCAACAAUGUCGUCUCCGGCCAUGGAAAUUGCCCUGGGUUGUAUCCACGCCGACCCGAACGGGAUAGAGAGCAAGAAUGUUACCAACGUCCUUGACCUCUGGCGCCUGAAGAAAGAGAUCCCGGCUCCCUUCGUCUGGCCCCACGCAGACACACACCCGUCGUCGUCGACGACGACGGAGCUGGACGUGCCGGUGGUCGACGUUGGCGCGGCGCUGCGCUCCGCCGCCGGGAUGCGCCAUGCCGCGGCGCAGGUGGCCGCCGCGUGCGCGAGCCACGGCUUCUUCCAGGUGACCGGGCACGGCGUGGACCCGGCCCUAGCCCGCGCCGCACUUGACGGCGCCCGGGGCUUCUUCGACCUCCCGCUCGCCACCAAGCAGCGCGCACGCCGCGCCCCCGGCACCGUCACGGGCUACGCCUCCGCCCACGCCGACCGCUUCGCCUCCAAGCUUCCCUGGAAGGAAACUCUCUCCUUCGGCUACGACCACGACGACGGCGACAGCCGCGUCGUCGUGGACUACUUCACCUCCACCCUAGGCGACGACUUCAAAGACCUAGGGGAGGUGUACCAGGAGUACUGCAAGGCGAUGGAGAAGGCGUCGCUGGCGAUAAUGGAGGUGCUCGGGGUGAGCCUGGGGCUGGGGAGAAGCUACUACAGGGACUUCUUCGCCGACGGCAGCUCCAUCAUGAGGUGCAACUACUACCCGCGGUGCCCGGAGCCGGACAGGACGAUGGGGACGGGGCCGCACUGCGACCCGACGGCGCUCACCAUCCUGCUGCAGGACGGCGCCGUGGACGGGCUCCAGGUGUUUCUCGACGGCACCUGGCGCUCCGUGCGGCCCAAGCCCGGAGAGCUCCUCGUCAACAUCGGCGACACAUUCAUGGCGCUGUCGAACGGGCGGUACAAGAGCUGCCUCCACCGUGCGGUGGUGCACCGGGAGCAGGAGCGCCGCUCGCUGGCCUACUUCCUCUGCCCACGCCACGACCGCCUGGUGCGCCCGCCGCCGCCGUCCUCUCCGGCGCCGGCGCCCCGGCUGUACCCGGACUUCACGUGGGCCGACCUCAUGCGGUUCACGCAGCGCCACUACCGCGCCGACAACCGCACGCUCGAAGCCUUCGCGCUCUGGCUCGGCCCGCCAAGCUGCUCCGCCCCGCCGAUGUCGCCCGGCUAAGGCCCGAGAGGCCGUCUAGUCCUUCUUUAUUUAUUAUGGUCUUGUAUAUUUUCUUACGCUGUGUAUUGGGGGAGCAUGUGAGCUGUAUAUUGUAGCACAACUAACUAUCCUGUCGACUGUCAUGGAGCAGCUGUAUAUUCCUUGCUGCGUGCGUAUAGUCAGUCGCUAAGCGUGUAGAUGUAAGAAGUACAUGUGCCUGUACGAUAUGAAGAGACAAGUGCUGCUACAAAAUGGAUCUUAUGUAUUAUAAACCAUGAUGUCUAUUCAUAGGUUC